CAUGACUUCACACUCAGUAGUUCAGUUGGUCUUUCCCUAUUCUCAAACUCCUCCCUGUCGUUUUGCCCCAAUGAUUUUGUUUUCUUAUAUUUUUCCAAAGACUUCACUUUGGUCUCUUGCUACUCUCUUCCAAGUACUUCUGCCAACCAAUGGCGUCAGCGUUGAUCUGUGCGAUGAGUCUUGCUCUUGCAGCUUUUCAACACAAUCCAAAGUGACAAACCAAGUGUUGAGAUUGAGUGAGAACUAAGCUGUUUCAUACUGGAAGAGGUGGUAUUAGUUUGCAGUGAAUACCAGAGAUGGUUUUUGAGCCAAUAGACUGGUAUUGUCAGCCAAAUGCUAAUGAGGGAUGGGCCAAAGCAGCAGGUGCUUUUGGCUCGUACACACCUUGUGUAAUGGACUCUAUGGUCAUCUGCAUUUCUCAUCUAGUUCUUUUUGGUCUGUGCUGCUAUAGAGUAUGGAUGAUCAAGAAGAAUUUAAAAGCCCCAAGGUUCAAGUUGAAGUCAAAUUACUACAACUACUUGUUGGGAUUGUUGGCUGGUUACUCCACUGCUGAGCCUCUACUGAGGUUGGCGAUGGGUUUAUCGCUCUUUAAUCCCUAUGGAAAAACUGGCUUUGCUCCUUUUGAGAUGAAUUCUUCGACUAUUGAAGCAAUUGCUUGGUGCUCCAUGCUAAUUUUGAUUGGUUUGGAAACUAAGAUAUACAUUCUGGAAUUUCGAUGGUACGUAAGGUUUGGAGUUCUUUAUGUCUUGGUAGGAAAUGUUGUGGUGCUAAAUCUGAUUUUUGGAGCGAAAGUGGCAGAUUCCUUUAGCAGAUCUACUCUGUAUCUGUACAUAACCCCUGUCUGUUGUCAGGUGGUGUUUGGAAUUCUUCUUCUCUUCUAUGUUCCCAAUUUAGAUCCUUAUCCUGGUUACGCUGUUCUGCACUCCGAGUCACUUGACAAUGCUGAAUAUGAAGCACUACCAGCAGAAGAUCAAAUUUUCCCAGAACGACAUGUGAACAUAUUUUCCAGAAUAUAUUUUGGAUGGAUGACUCCGCUUAUGCAGCUAGGGUAUAGAAAACCCAUCACUGAAACAGAUGUUUGGAAUUUGGACACAUGGGAUCAGACCGAGACAUUGAUUAAGAGGUUUCAGGAAUGUUGGGUUGAAGAAUCUCAAAAGUCAAAGCCAUGGCUUCUGAGAGCACUGAAUUCUAGCCUUGGACAAAGGUUCUGGUUGGGGGGAGGCUUUUUCAGGAUUUGCUAUGAUCUCUCUCAGUUUUCAGGUCCCAUUCUCUUAAAUCAUCUUUUGCAGUCAAUGCAACGGAAUGAUCCAGCUUGGAUUGGUUAUAUAUAUGCCUUCUUAAUUUUUGUUGCUCUGUCAUGUGGUGUCAUCCCUGAAUCUCAGUAUUACCAGAACAUCUUUCGUGUCGGCUUCCGGUUGAGAUCAACUUUGGUUGCUGCUAUAUUCCGUAAAUCUAUAAGAAUAACGCACGAGGGCCGUAAGAAGUUCCCAACUGGAAAGAUAACAAAUAUGAUGUCUACAGAUGCUAUUGCACUCCAGAAAACAUGCGAACAACUUCAUGGACUGUGGUCUGCUCCAUUUCGUAUCAUUGUGGCUAUGGUUCUUCUUUACCAGCAAUUAGGUGUUGCAUCGCUUGUUGGAUCCUUGAUGCUAAUUCUCACAAUCCCAAUACAGACAACUGUCGUCAGCAAAAUAAGGAAGCUGACAAAGGAUGGACUGCAACAGACUGACAAGAGAGUUGGCCUCAUGAACGAAAUUUUGUCUGCCAUGGAUGCUGUGAAAUGUUAUGCCUGGGAAACAAGUUUCCAGGAGCGAGUUCAAAGUAUACGGAACGAUGAGCUUUCAAGGUUGCGUAAAGUGCAACUACUAUCUGCCGUAAACCGUUUUAUUCUCAACAGCAUCCCAGUUCUUGUGACUGUAACUUCAUUUUGGGCGUUCAUUUUCCUUGGAGGUGAAUUGACACCUGCAAGGGCAUUUACAUCCCUUUCUCUUUUUGCACUGCUAAGCUACCCUGUAAACUUGCUUCCCAGCUUACUGAGUCAGGUUGUAAAUGCAAAUGUAUCCUUGCAGCGUUUGGAGGAGCUACUUUUAACUGAGGAGAGAAUACUAGUACCCAAUCCACCAUUGGAACCAGGGCUUCCAGCCAUCUUGAUUCAGGAUGGGUACUUUUCAUGGGAUUCAAAGGCAGAGAAGCCCACAUUAUCAAACAUCAACUUAGAUAUACCGGUUGGUAGCUUAGUUGCAGUUGUUGGCGGCACUGGAGAAGGAAAGACAUCACUUAUAUUGGCCAUGCUUGGGGAGCUGCCUUCCAUUGCAGAUGCAGGUGUUGUUAUUAGGGGAACUGUUGCUUAUGUUCCCCAAGUUUCAUGGAUUUUCAAUGCUACUGUACGUGAAAACAUUUUGUUUGGAUCUGAAUUUGAAGCUGAACGGUAUUGGAAGGCUAUUGAUGUAACUGAGUUCCAUCAUGACCUAGACUUGUUUCCAGGUCGAGAUCUAACAGAAAUCGGUGAAAGAGGGCUUAAUAUUAGUGGAGGUCAGAAGCAAAGGGUUUCAAUGGCUAGAGCUGUAUAUUCUAAUUCAGAUGUUUACAUAUUUGACGAUCCAUUAAGUGCUCUAGAUCCACAUGUUGCUAGACAGGUUUUUAACCGCUGUAUCAAAGAAGAGUUGCAUGGGAAAACUAGGGUGUUUGUCACAAAUCAGCUGCACUUUCUGCCUCAAGUGGAUGAAGUUAUAUUAGUUUCGGAUGGUAUGAUUAAAGAGAGGGGAACCUAUAAGGAUAUAUCUGAAAACAGUUUGCUGUUUCAGGAGCUAAUGGAAAAUUCUGGGAAAAUGGAUGAACAUGUAGAAGAAGAGGAAGGCCGUAAAACUGGUUUGUCUGCUUACCAAGAACCCUCUCUUCCUGUAUCUAAUGAGGUGGUGAAUGACUUGCCAAAACAUGCAAGCUAUACUAAGAAAGGGAAAAGGAUGAGAUCUGUACUCAUUAAACAAGAGGAAAGAGAAACAGGUGUUGUGAGAUGGAAAGUUUUGCAGAGGUAUAAACAUGCAUUAGGAGGGACAUGGAUGGUCAUGGUUCAAUUUUCUUGUUAUACACUUACAGAAGUUCUUCGACUUUCAAGCAGCUCAUGGUUAAGUGUUUGGACGGAUCAAAGCAGGUCAAAGGGUUAUACACCAGGAUUCUUCAUUCUUAUAUAUGCGAUUCUCUCAAUUGGUCAAGUAACUGUGACUCUAACAAAUUCUUUUUGGCUAAUCACUGCAAGUUUUCGUGCAAGCCAAAAUUUGCAUGACGCCUUGCUACAUGCAAUAUUGAAAGCUCCAAUGGUGUUCUUUCACACUAACCCAACUGGAAGGAUCAUCAACAGGUUUGCAAAGGAUCUGGAUGAUAUAGAUCGCAAUGUAGCUCAAUUCAUGAACUCUUUUCUCGGUCGAGUGUGGCAGCUCCUUUCAAGUUUUGUGCUCAUAGGCAUUGUGAGCACAAUAUCCCUCUGGGCCAUAAUUCCUCUUCUAAUUUUGUUCUAUGCAGCCUAUCUCUUCUAUCAGAGCACAUCCCGUGAAGUGAAACGCUUGGAUGCCAUUAGCAGGUCUCCGGUUUAUGCACAGUUUGGAGAAGCAUUAAUUGGUUUAUCAUCUAUUCGUGCCUAUCAAGCUUAUGAUCGGAUGGCAAACAUUAAUGGAAGGUCUAUGGAUAAUAAUACAAGAUUCUCUCUUGUGAUGGGUAGUUCAGACGGUUGGCUUGCCAUAAGGUUGGAAACACUAGGAGGUAUCAUGAUUUGGGUGGUAGCAACCUUUGCUGUCAUGCAAAAUGCAAGAGCAGAAAACCAAGUACAAUUUGCAUCUACAAUGGGUCUACUUCUCACUUAUACUUUGAAUAUCACAAGUAUGUUGAGUGAUGUUCUUAGACGAGCAAGCAGGGCUGAAAAUAGUUUAAAUGCUGUUGAGCGGGUUGGAACAUAUAUAGAAUUGCCUUCUGAGGCUCCAGCUGUUAUUGAAAGCAACCGUCCUCCACACGGGUGGCCAUCAUCAGGAUCAAUCAAGUUUGAGGAUGUUGUCCUCCGCUAUAGGCCUGGACUUCCACCAGUACUGCAUGGAUUAUCAUUUAAGGUUUCUGCUAGUGAGAAACUAGGAAUAGUUGGAAGAACUGGUGCGGGAAAAUCUAGCAUGAUUAAUGCAUUGUUUCGGAUAGUAGAAAUAGAAAAAGGAAGCAUCUUGAUUGAUGGUUUUGAUGUCGGUAAGUUUGGACUGGCAGAUUUGCGAAAAGUUCUUAGUAUCAUACCCCAAUCACCGGUUCUUUUUUCAGGGACUGUACGGUUUAAUCUUGAUCCUUUUGGUGAGCAUAAUGAUUUUGAUCUCUGGGAGGCCCUUGAAAGGGCACAUCUUAAGGACGUUAUUGGAAGGAAUCCCUUCGGUCUCGAUGCUCAGGUUUUGGAGGGUGGUGAGAAUUUCAGUGUUGGACAGAAUCAGCUAAUGAGUCUUGCUAGAGCAUUGCUACGCAGAUCAAAAAUUCUUGUUCUUGAUGAAGCAACUGCAGCUGUGGAUGUUAGAACUGAUGCUCUCAUCCAAAAAACCAUACGUGAAGAAUUCAGAUCUUGCACCAUGCUCAUUAUUGCUCACAGAUUGAACACCAUUAUUGACUGUGAUCGAAUUCUAGUUCUUGAUGCUGGUCAGGUCGUAGAACAAGGUUCCCCGGAUGUACUAAUGGUAACUGAAGUGAGCACAUUCUCGAAGAUGGUUAGGAGUACAGGACCUUCUAAUGCUCAGUACUUACGCAGCCUGGUAUUCAAAGGCAAGCAGAGGUGAGUGGAGAGGAAACCGGGCAAAUGAUUGGCCACAGCCAGCGGAGAAGAUUACCCUCUUUGCUGGGCUGCUGCGGGUAAAGAGGGUAAUAAAAGGUUCAGUUAUAACACUGCAUUGAAAUUUUGGAAGGAGAGCAUGACGUAGUCACGUAGAUAUAGACCAGAGGUUUCCUACUGCCAUCAGGAAUCUGGAACUAUUGUGUUGUAGCUUCCUUUCCUUAAGCCCUUAACAUAAUCAUUGACAGUAAAAACGUAGUACCGUAACUGUUCCGCAGCGGCAUAAGGCCAUUUCGGUAUGAGAAAAUAGGGUUCACGUACUGACGUACAGUGAUCAACUCGUAUGAAAGUGGAUCGAAUCGGGGUUCAAGUCCUACAUGUGCUUUGGUUGUAAGGAUACUAUAACCUUUGAGGAUGACUAGGUGAAUCCAUGUCAAAAGAGAACAACUUAAUUGACCUUAUAUUUGUUGUCAUUUC